AUGGCAUCUGUCCCAAGGCGCGACUCUUCCAUCUCGUUUCCUACGCUGCCCGCCUCGCCCACGAAGCCUUCAACACAGGCGCAGCUGCCCACCUUCUCCACAUCGCAAUGCUUCGAUCAUGACGAGCAUAUAUCCAUGCCACCGCCGCGAGCUAUCACCAAGCCAGCUCAACCGAACCGCAACUCGGUCGCUUCAGACGAUUCGUCUGCUGCUUCCUCCGCCGACUACUUUGGUAACAGUGUAGCCACAAGCAGACCCGUCUCUGCCACGACGCUCGCAUCCUCCCGUCCAUCCUCUGUCGCCUCCAACGCAUCUUCCAGCAGCCAUGUUCAAGGCCAGCUCACCGCGUGUGCCGAUCUGCUCAGUCCUGGCCUGGCAUCUGCCUUGGGUCUCCUCCCCCAUCAGCCCAAUCACAUUGCCUUCCCCUCCUCAUCUCGGAGCGCCGCGGCUCAAGCGCCCUCAGAUCCGAGCAGCAGCGCACGUCCAGCGCAAAGACGCGUUCGAGCACAGAGCGCACACACCGGCGCUCUCGCCACUCGACGCCCUGCCCUUCCCACGGCAUCCAACGUGAAUCACCGCAUCAGCGUAGCCAGUGUGUCGAGCUUCGAAAGCUUACCCGAAGACGAGAUCGUCCAUGGCUUUCUUGCUCCUGGCGUCAUGCAGUCCAAGUCGCGUGCAACCAGCUACGAUCGCAUCGCCCGUAGCACAACGUUGGGUCAUUCGCAGCCGAAAGAAGAUGUCGCACGCAGCCGCACUCCCGAACGCUCAGGCUCAGCAACCUCAUUCGACAGCGCUUCCAUCACCAACUCCUCCGACGAAUCGUCCGCAGCCGAUCAUCCCUCAGAUUCUGCCUCGGCGGUCUCCUCCUCGGCAGCCUCUUCGGCUCAUGUCGCAGCCACCAGCAGCGCAAGCUCCACUUCCACCAUCACCGCCGGCUCUUCUCGUCCGAGCUACUUCCUCCGGCGUGCUGCCACCGCUCCUGCACCUGUCGCCGACAUGACGCUCCUCAUGGCGCAUCGCAAACGUAGCGCCAGGGAGCUUCUGGAUACCGAACGCUCCUUCGUUGCCAGUUUGACACUGAUAAACCAAGAGUACUACCAACCCCUCAUGGCUAGUCUAGGCAAAGGCAAAGCUCCUGCGACCGCAUCGCCCACUGCUUCAGCUCCCAUCCUCUCGCGCAAAUCCAUCAACGAUAUCUUCUCUAACUUCUACGACAUCAUGCAGCUUAGCAAAGAGUUGCUCAGCCAGCUCGAAGAGCGUCUGCAGGUGGCGGUAUGGCCGGUUGCUGCUCAUGCGUCGACCAUGAGCCAGAUCCGUCCAGAGAUGCGCUGGGACGCCUCCGUCGACUGUAUCGGUGACAUUCUGGCUACGCUAGCACCUUUCCUCAAGAUGUACUCGCUCUACGUCAAGAACUUCAGCAGCGCACUCCAGCGAAUCGAGCACGAGCAAAAAACCAACGAACCUUUCGCCAGAUUUCUUAAGGAGACGGAUCAGAAGCGUGCCGCCAAGGAGAAGAUCACCUCCGCCACCGGAAGCGUACGACACGCCUUCGGCUACGGACUUGGCUUCCAAGCCCAUCUGCUCACCAUCGUACAGAGGAUACCUCGUUACAAGCUGCUCGUAGACGACCUGCUCAAAUCCACGCCAGAGACGCAUCCUGACCACGUCGAUCUCGUUCGCGCAGGUCAUAUGAUCGAGCAGGUGGCGUCUUACAUCAACGAGAACGUGCGGCAGCACGAAAUGGUGCUCACCAUGCUCGGUCUGCAAAAGAGCCUUCAAGGACUCACCGAGCCGCUCGUCGCGCCCGGAAGAGCCCUCAUCAAGCGCGGUACCCUCAUGAAGACGUGCCGUCGCAACAUCCAGCCCCGCGAGUUCUUCCUCUUCACCGACUGCCUCAUCUAUGCCAGUCCCAUUUCGGGAAGCAUGGAGUCGGCAUCGGCGGCCUGGACGGCGCUCGCGCAGCGCGGAGGAAUGUACGGAGCUAGCGCGAUGGAGCAGAUCUAUUCUUCCACCAGCAUGCUGUCACCUUCGUCAGGCGCAGCUUCGCCUAUUGAGUCUGUCUUGACACCGCCCAGCAUGGCACCGCCUCUGGGUCCGCGCGCUAGGCUGACAUCGAUUCCCGAGCCUUACACUCCCUUGACAGGCGCCAUUUUCUCGCUGGCUGGGCACCAGCUGCAGUUCCGAGACAAGUUCGGGCUGCGUGACUGCACGGUCGUGAGCGUCGACGGUACUAGUGUGGACGGUCUGCGCCACUGCUUCGAGAUUCGCACACCGGACAAAUCCUUUGCCGUCUAUGCUGAGAGCCAGGCUAGCAGGGAAGCGUGGGUCAACAGCAUUCGCGACGCGCGUAGCGAUCUCAUGUCUGCGCGUCGAACCUUGAAGGCCGAAGAGGACAGCAUCGAGGCCAAGAGGGAGAGGCGACGCUCGCUGUACAAGGUCGACGCCUCCAAGGCAGCCAGUAGGCGUCUCAGCACGCAGAGCUUGGGCGCCUAUCUUGCUGCUACCAACCUGAUAGGUCAAGACAAGACGGUCGCGACGGCGGAACAGCCUGCCGAGACGAGCACCUCUCGAUCCGUAUCGCAGGAACGCGAGGCUCCGCAGCGCAGAUCCCGGGUGGAUUCGCUCCCCAAUCUGCUCAUGCGCCCUCCUUCCUUUCCUUCGUUUGCGGCAAACGGCACCAGCCUGUCGCUGGCAAAUCUGCUGGCUGCGAACGCGACUACGGCAGCUCCACCAGCCCUUCGUGUGUUGGAGGACUACAACGCGCCUGUGUGGGUACCAGACAAUCGGGCAGACAAGUGUUGCAACUGUCAAGAAGUCUUUGGCAUGUGGCGUCGCAAACACCACUGCCGGCUGUGCGGGCAGGUGGUCUGUUGGACCUGCUCGCAACGCUCUUUCCUGAUUCCUAGCUACCACGAUGGUGAGCCAGAUCGACCGGCGCGAGCGUGCGAUCGAUGCUACGACAGCGUCUUCCCGCCCGAGAGCCCCGACGACUCAGAGGCAACGGCGACGGCGCCUACGGUGGUAGCCACUUCUGUGGCCCCCGACAGCGCCGACAUGUCGUCCGUGCCGAGCACGGGCACAGACGAGAGCGUUGCUCAAACGCUGGAUGCGUAUCGUAUGGGUACCUCGGGCACAGAGACGGAUGUCGAAAGCAGUCGUCUUGGCUCUCCUCUCACUCCGCCGGUCAUGUGCGACUCGCCCGAUGCAGGAGCGGAGCAGCCAAGUGUGAGGGCGUCCGACGUGAACGCGCAGUCUUCCGCGAUGGUCAAGAAGGAUGGCGAAGUUCUGCGACCCAAAUCGCUACGCUUCGAUGCCCUGCCACCAUCCGAGCUCGCCGUCGGUGCUGCGGACAGCAGAAGUGACGCCGGGCUUACAGCACCGCCUUCGCCCACCGAAGCAUCUCUUCCGCCGGCACAGGCAGCUGCCCUGCCUGCGACGUCUCAAGUCGAACGCAGGAGCAGCGUCAGUGCACGCUCUUCGCCUGUGCGACCGAGUCAACCGCCCGUAUUGCCAACACGGUCAAAGUCGUUGGCAGGCCCUCUGGCUUCAAGCUCGGCGCGGGUCAUGUCGAACGAUUCGAGACUCAACCGCGCUUCGGCUCUGGAAGCCCAUCAUCUGUUCACCAGCCACUAUCGCAACUCUCAGAUCCAGGCAGCCACUUCGGGAUCGGGAACCUUUCGUCUCGUGACGCCGCGACUGACCACCCCCGAAUCGGAGCUGCCUCCUGGCGCAAGCAAGCGCAGUGGUUUUUCUCCCAGCAUCAUGGAUGCCGGCUACUUUGGGGGAGCUGCGGGCGCCAUUCAGGAGGAUGCCGAGGAUGAGAAUGCCUCUCAAAUUCCUGGCACAAGCGCAGGCACGAGCCCUCUCAAGACGUCGGAACCAUUCAAGCCGUGGAUGCUGCAUGCCAUGUCUCCGACCGGUGGUGCGCCGCAACUGCGUCCGGCUCGCAAGCGUCCGCUAAGCGCUGCAGCUCGCCUCAGCAGCUUCUAUGGACCUCUGCUGGCUAGCAGCAGCAGCAACAAAGACGUGACGCAGGGUCGAGCUUCGCAGGUCAACGCAUCUCCCUCCAAACUUGAGGCUAACGACACGAACAAAAUUUGA